GCCUCGGGGAUUCCCCGAAGAUGGCGCACAUGAGUCUUGCCAUUGCACAGGCUGUAAUUUGUAAUAGUAACACUAGUAAUAAAUUAUUGAAAAAAUUGAAUUGAAUUAAACUAUUACAGAACUUCUUUAUGUGAUCAACAAUUGGCGGAUGUCAUCUAAUUCUAGACUUUUUGUGGACGGGCUCAGUAAACAAGCCAGGUUGGUGUCAUUGGUGUCAAAUAAAGUUCAGUCGGCCGGAACUCGUCUGACCCAUGGAGCGAACAGUACUAACACGUAGCUCCAUCCAUGGUUGACCUAGAUCAAUCGGUUUACGUACCGGUAUACCAGCGGCCAAUUUAACGUUGCCUCCAUUGCAUAGCAGAGUUUCACUGAAUGAGAAUUUCGAACCAGGCUACGAACUUCAAGUUCAACUCUCUGGUAUAAAUAAGUGGUAUUAUUUAAGUGCAACUUCAAGCUGAGAAGACAGCAACAAUACUGAGCUAGCCAGACCCAGAUCCUUCACAAGCAAUGGCAGAGAGAUUGAGCUUGGAAGCAGUGAACCAGCAGGGAUAUGAGGAAUUCAUUGAGAAUUUCAAGAACAUUGUUGAGCAUGGGAUGUUAAUAGCUGGAGCAGUGUGGUCAUAUCGACCCUUUCGCAACCUGGAUCAUCUUCACCAGUGCUUCUGUGAUUUCAUGGAUUCAUUGCCAGCGGCUGGUAAGCAGUCAAUAUUGCGAUGUCAUCCUAACCUUGCUGGAAAGCUUGCGCGUCGAGGCCAACUUACAUCAGAAUCAGAGCAAGAACAAGCUAGUGCAGGUCUGUCAUCAUUAACUGAAGAACAAUUCAGCCAGAUCAAUAAGAACAAUGCCAUUUACCGUGAGAAGUUCUCUUUCCCGUUUGUGAUAUGCGCGAGGGAGAAUAAGGUUGCUUCUAUUCUUCAAGGACUGCAGACUCGUAUUCAAAACUCAGAGGAACUUGAGCUUCAGACAGGAGUUGAAGAAGUAAAAAAGAUUGUCUAUUACAGACUCCUUGAUAAGAUUCAGGAUGCUUCAUCAACAAACCACCCUAAAUUAUGAGGCCUUCAGGACCAGCGCCAUUAGUUUCGUUAUUCAAUGAUGUCAAAGAAAUGGCAUAUUGUCAUCAUGACUGGGUCCUGUGACAUAAAGCUUAGUAAAUGAUCAUGGAGCUGAUGUCUACGAGUGAUUCUUUUGAUUAUUGUGUAUCAUCAAUCAUAAAAAAAUCAUCCCCAUGAUCAUUUACUAAUUUGAUGCUACUGGCACAGGUUGUGGAGUUAAGGAGAAAGGGUUGUCAUCUCCCUCAUUGCAAAAUUGAUAUUUUAUAAUGAUAAGAAAUAUAAUUUCUCGUUAAAUAAGAAGACUUUGCAGCCACAGAUAUUCUAUUUGAAGUAAUCCACUGCAAUAAUUUUGGAUUUUUUUUUGCAUUUGAGUGUACGGAAGUGGUGGAGGGUGGGGGGGAUGGCGGGGUUCACUAGAUGAAACUUAAAGACACUGUCAGUAUGGUCUAGAUGUAUGUCAGCAGGUCUAGGCUACCGGUGAAAAAAUUAGUGAAAAAUUUAGUGAUGGUGGCAUAUCAUAGGAGUGCUCACUCAUUUAGAUUCAGAUGCUGGAUAGUUGAAGCAAGAUGACUAUCUCAUUGCAAAUCAGGAUAAACCACUUGUGAUCUGUUUACAUACUGAUGUAUUAUUAUUAGUAUUCAAUCUAUCCAUGAUGAUAUGGACAUUUCAAAGGAAUCUGUAUUUCAGAGAUGCUUAAUGUAUUUUCUCUUUAAACUUAUGAUUUCUCUCAACAUAGAAUGACAGUAUUACUCAUUUUGAUCAUAGAAGACUUGCCUAAUUUUAAUCAUUGUGCUGUUUUUAAAUUAUGGUCCACACUUGAUUGCAAUUGUUUGUGCAAAUUAUCAGUCCUGUAAUGUAUCUCUCAUGCUAUUCGUUUUGUUUUUAUUCUUCUUUUAGAUUUUAUUUUCAUUGUUGGCUAAAGUAAUUUGUUCACCAUUUUGAUAUUGUCUCAAUCAACAUGAACUAUGGAAAGCCUUUAAUGUAAAAUCCUUGUAUGUAGAUUGAUAAUACUAGUGUGUCAAUUAUUGUAACUCCCAUAGGAAUUCAGCAGGACAGCCUUUUUUGCUGGCAAAAUGCCAAGCUGGUAUAUAACCAAUUACAUUGGAAACAUUUUAUGCAUAGGUUAAUCGGGCAUAGUGUCUGACCUCAUAGACGACAGAUAUUACUCUCGGGUCUUUUUAUCAAAGUGGAGACAAUGGCAGAGUUGGGAUUCGAACUCACAUAGGCCUAUAUAGAGUAUCCAAGUGUGACGUCACGAUAUCAUGACAACGAACCUGCUGGUUCUAAAUAGAGUCGCAGCUGACGAUUGUCUAUACACAAUUUGUAUUUGCAAAAAUGGUGAUGUGCUAUAGAAACACGCGCUAUAGAGCAAUAUGAGCAAGUCGCAAUACUUCUGGGUGGGUGUUUCAUAAAGCUGUUCGUAAGUUAAGAAUGACUGAUGAUCCUUUCUUGUGGUAAAUGGUAUGAUAAAUUGGCGAUGGUUUAGCACAUAAGAAAGGAUCACCAGUCGAAUAAAGUUGUUCCUGACUUAUGAACAGCUUUAUGAAAUGGCCCCCGAGUUCACUCGUUUAGAACCAGGCUGCCAUGACACCAUGGCAACUGACGUCUUCUUUUCUGUACUUCUCAUAAUUUUAGCAUCAAGUUGACCAUGUCACCAUGGUCUAAGUUAAACCUGAGUUCAGAACAUGGGUCAUAAAAUUGAAAAUGUAUGUAAGUGACAGAAGGCAGGUCUUUCCUAUUAUUUCUUUCCAAAUUAAAAUUACACCCAACUGGUGCGUAAUAUUCAUGUUUAUCUCUGUGUGUGAUUGUAAAAAACAUUAAAGUAUUGAAAUUAAAUGCAAGUAUUGAAGAUUAUCACGGGUUGUUCAAAACUGCAUCAUGUGACAUGGUGUUAUUCAGUCUAUUAUUGCAGGGGCGGAUCCAGGAUUUUCCAAAAGGGGGGGGGGCUCAUUUUCCCGAUGAAAAAAUUUGACAAGCCCCCCCAAAAAUAAGGAUCCUCACUUUCAAGGGGGGGUGCACACUUGUGUUCUAAUGGCAUUUUUACAUUACAAAUUUUAAUUGUGCCUCUCCAAAGGGGGACAUGAGCCGGCUGUGCCCCCCCCCCCCAUGGAUCUGCCAGUGCUGACAUCAAACUUUCUUAAUUCAAUCCAUCCACUCUCCACUGUGUCGCUCAAGUAAAUCCUUAAGUUAUGCUCUGUCAUUAAUGUAAAGAUACCUUGCAUAACAUCAGAAUUUAUGUUUUAGUUGAUAUACUUCCAGAGAUGAUAUUUAAAAAAAACACCUCAAAGAAAUAUAUACAUGUAUAUUGGUAGUUGAAUUAGUUAUAAUUUCUAAAAUAGCAAUAAGACUGUUAAAUGAUCUGCAAAAUCAACAAAUUAUGUUUAAGUUAAAUGUUUUUAGUAUUAGAGUACAUGUACAUGUAGUUCUCAAGUGUAAUUAAAUCUCACUUGAAGAUUCUUUUUUUAACCAGAUUAUCUCAAGCAAUUGGUAUUUUGAAUAGACUAUAAAUUGAAAGUAAUUCUUCCAUUGGAAAUACAUGUACAGCUAACUUUGCCUUUAAAGUCAAAUCUGUUGGUAUAGAUUUACAAAAAUCUGUUGACUUUAAAGAGGAAUUUGACAUCAAAGAGGUAUAUAACACAUAUUUUGCAUAAUAUAAGACUACUGCAAGUUUACAUAUAUAAAUGCCACUCUAACACUCCAUGGUUUCACCUCAUUCAUCAUAUUGUAUGAUUUGAUGUAUAGGGAUAUAAACUGAAAAGGUAAUAUUGUUAUUUAGCAGAAGAGAGCAAUCAGGGUGAUAAUUCUCGUUAGAGGUAAUUUUGCCUUUUUUAAAUAUUUUGGUACCACUGAAAUGUUAGACUUGGAAGUGUUAUACAACACACUUUGCAUGAUCUCUAGGAAAAUUGCUUUGAAAUGAGAAAAUAUUUUAAUACAAAUAUGAGGUUAAGUUAUGCCUGCUUACCUGUAUUUUUCAUACUGAUUUGUGUGUUUUAUGAGUUUGAUAUCUUUACAGAUUCAUAUGUGGUACAUGUGGUGUACAUGUAUAUAGUUAAGAAGCUCUUUGCUCGCAGAUCCUAUUUUUUUUUAUGUUUUAGAUAUGUGGUUGUAAUUUUCAUGAGUUAAAUAGCAUCUCUUAAUUAUCAGUUGUACGGUUCCUUAUUGUGUAUCUUGUGGAAUCCUUGUAACAGGAAAUAAUACAAUAUCCAACAUAUUCUACUUUCAAAAGAAAAUUAAUUCAAAUGUUUUUAGUUUCUAUAUUCAUGCUUUGCAUGUAAACCACCCCUAUCCUUUUCUCAAGAUGAUAUUUAAUUUACUAAUGAGGGAUGACAAUUCCUUUCAAUUUUUUCUUGUAUAAUUUUCAUGUUUCAAUUAUAGGCAGUAUGUAAUCAUGUAUUUUGUGAGAAUCAAGGGUAUGAAUACAAUUUUUUAAACAGAAUAUGAAUUUGUAUCGGAUCUUUGUGAUGUUUUUGAAGCAUUUUCAUGAGUGAUGAGAAAUUAAUCAAAUCAAAUUUAUGAAGCUUGUACAAAAUUGGAAAAACAAUUUAAAAAGUUUUUUUUUAGAUUUGGUUUCCAGAAAGGACAAAUAGAUAUCACUUCACAACUUGCUUAUUUGAAACUAAAUUGACUCUUUUUUUUCUUCAAAACUUUAAUUAACUCAUUAUACAUGUAUUUUUCUUUCAUUGUGACAUACCACAUGUACAUUGGUGCUCAAAAGUUAGUAAACCCCACCAGAAAAUGAACAUAUUCAGUGUUCAAAUUCUGUCACGUUUUAAUUAUUUAAUUGUGAAGUCAGGUAAUAAAAUAUAUUUAAUAAAGCUUG